AUGGCCAAGCUCGCGGUCUCUAGAAUCGCAAACCUGAAGAACCGUCACACCGUGAAUCUUAACAUAGCGCGCUCAGAUGCCCUCCUUCUGCUGAAAGAAGAAGGACAUCCAAGACUAGGACACGCCCUCACUAAAGCCGAGUUAGCCAUCAUCGAGCAGAAAAUGUUGGACAUGUACGCCAUGAUCGAGGUGUACUGCCGCCUCCUUAUUGAGAGAAUUGAUGUGAUCGUAGACAGCAAGGAAUGUCCUAGUGAUUUGAAGGAAAUGGUUGCUAGCUUGAUAUUUGCUGCUUCUAGAUGUGGAGGGUUCCCAGAGCUGGAAAAGAUUCGUCAAAUGCUCACAUCCAAAUAUGGAAAAGAUUUUGCAUGUAGUGCCAUUCAAAUAAAAAAUAACUGUGGAGUGCAUCCGAAGAUGGUUAGUAAGUUUUCAUCACUGCCAGCAAGCAUGGAAGCAAAGGAGAAUUUGCUCAAGAAAAUCGCCAAAGAUAAUAACAUCGCUUACCACACAUCACUUAACAACUAG